UGCAGGUGGGGCGGGGGCCUUGAGAGCCGGUAGCCCUGCACAAGCGGCCAGGCGGGCAGGACCGCUGCUGGGGGCAGCCGGGACGCUCCACUCCAUCCCAAAGGUUUUGUCACCAGGAAGAGUGGCUGAGUAGGAUCCCCAGAUUGAAUGCACAUUUCAAUUGUGAUUCUGCAGCUGUUUCUUCUCAGUGGUCGGGAAAGCAUCAAAUGACUUGCAUGUGGCAGCUGUUCACAAACACUGAAUCAAUGAACAACCAUCCACUCUUCCCUACAAGACAAGCUUCCUGAAUACCAAGGACAGAUGUACCCAAGAGGCAAUUUCUGGUAGAAAUCUGAAGAACAUCUCUAAGAAAAAAAUAAUUCAGUGAAUUGAGAACAAGAAAGUUACCAAUCAGGUGCUGCCACUGUGGUAUCACUCUUUCACCUUUGCUUCCAUUGGAACAGGACCCCAGAUCUCAAACCAUUUCCUCCCAUCAGAGACUGUCCCUGGAAAGAACACUAUUCCUCGGGCUAGAGUCCCUGCUAUGUGGAUAUUUGUUAGCAAUGACUGAUGUGGAAACUACAUAUGCAGAUUUUAUUGCUUCAGGAAGAACAGGUAGAAGAAAUGCAAUACAUGAUAUCCUGGUUUCCUCUGCAAGUGGCAACAGCAAUGAAUUAGCCUUGAAACUAGCAGGUCUUGAUAUCAACAAGACAGAAGGUGAAGAUGAUGGACAGAGAAGCUCCAAAGAACAAAGUGGGGAAGCCCAAGGAGAAGCAUCCAAGUCAGAAAGCUAACACUCCGUUCUGACGGGCAUCAACACCUGACAAUGUGGCAAAUCUCCUGGCGUUGCUCAGAUGUAUUUGCGGCCAUGGGUGAAACGGAGGGGAAGGAAAUGGCUGCUCUGCACAGCAAGAUGCUGUCGGUUGCCACGUCACAAGUGGGGACAGAGCCUGUGUCUGCACACAGCCUUUUCCCCACCUCUGUCAUUAGCAAUGGUUGAGGUCACCUGGCCUGUGCUUGGAUAUCAUUUGUGUAUGGGUCCUUUCACUUGACCGUAUAUUGAAAUGCUUGUAGAGAGUAGCACUGACCUAGCUGAUGAUUCCUGUAGCAUCUGGCCCCUCAUGAUGUCAGAGGAUUUAAUUGUGUCUAAUUGAAAAGGGUGGGUUGAACCCCAGAGUUUCAAUAUCUCUGGCUGGAGUAUUGACUCAAAAAAACAGAACCAUCCAGAGAGCACAGUUAGCAUUAUGUCCCUGUGUGUGAGUGCUGUGUUAUUUACACCGUUUUGUAUCAUACAGUAUACCCGCUCAGCACUGCCCUUUGAUUGCUUAUGUAAAACAAAAUGAUGUACAUGACUGUGAAUUUUUAUACCACUCAUUUUUUUAAAGGGCUGCCUUUUUAAUUUUCCAUAGUGUUGUGGCGUGCACGGGGCAGAACAUACUUUUGUAAACCACAACUUUCCUCUUGAUAGCUGCUGAAGGGUACAUCCAACAGACUCACUGAGCCCACUUUGCUUCAUUAUACAGGCAUGUGGAAAUAUCCAUGAAUGUGAAUAUUGCCUGAGUUCAGUCUUAGUAUCUACACAGACCAGCAUUCUGUCAAUAUUGAUUUUAUUUCCAAAUAAGUUCUUUCAACUAAUACUUUAAUUUUUCAUUUAUAAGAAUUUUAAGAAUUGACAAAAUAGACAAAGAAAUCCAGAUAAUGCAAAGAACUGGACGUGUUGUGCUCUGGAGAUCACUUCCCUCACACUGAUGGGUACCACUGUUUAACUCGGGAGGACAGCGUGUGAAAAAGCGUUCUCCUCAAAGCCUGUGGGUACCCAUCUAAAAAGGUCAAGCUCUCGUGCUGUGUUUUCCAUGUCCUCUCUCAGCCCUUUCAUACCCAAAUGUUAUUAUGCACUUUUUAAUGUUUGUAAAAUUUUACUAAUAAUUGGUGUGAAUUGCAUUCAGAUAUAAUAAUUAUCACCCAACCACACUUUUACUGAUGUUGUUGAUGGACUAUGCUGUAUUUUAACAUCACGAUUCUUGUAUGGGGAAUGUCUGUGGCCUGUGUAAAAGCCCUCUGGUCAGUAUUAUGAAACCAACUAUCUUUGAUAAUAAAUAAGGAUCCAGUUAGAUGCACAGGGUUCAUCUGGGGCAUCAAUAUGGGGCAAAUAACAGAUAACAGAAGACCUUCCCAGCAAAAAAGCCUAAGUGUCCUGGAGUGCCGGCAUAGCUACAGUUCCAGGUUAAAUAGGAAGAGGUGUUUCAACAGGCAGACCUGAGUAUGGUAGUAACUCAACUUGAAUCUGUAGUUACAGACAAGGUAGACAGGAAGUCUGCCUAUAUCUUCCUACAGAGAACUUUCAUUACUGACUGGGAGUACAUCAAUCUCAUUUAGUCCCCAACUGGAUGUUUUCCAGAAAAACAAGCAAUGCUAAUAUGUCUUUCUGGAUAUAAAACAGUAAAUACAUUCAAUAUAAGAGGCCUUGCUUUGAUCUAACUCAUUAGAGGCUAGAAAAAAUUGAAACAAAUCUACCUAUUGAUAGACUCAAAUCUGUGGAACUAUGGCCUGUUUGAGACAAUCUCCAAUAAUCUAUUUACAACAUCCAACAGUUUUGAUGUCCUUGUUUAACUAUCCUGAUAGCUUUCUUGUGAAUAGGAAGUUCAUUCUUAAAGUUGUGGAAUUCCAAACUGGUGUCUCACGUGCGUUUUGUAAAGUGUUGAACCAGUGCUGAGUCCGUGUGGGAGGUUAUCUUAUAUCCCUGUGUGAUAUACUAUUACUACUGCAUGUGGUGCCAUGCUCGUCUUUAAAUAUAUAAGCAGUGCUAAAUGGAGAAGUCACAUGGAGCUUUUGAUUUCGUUUGACCUCUUACUACUACUUUGUGUCCCGUAUUCAAUCCCAGAGGGAUUCUCUGGCUGGGAAGGGAAAAAAGAUCAACAUUCUGAAUUUGUCACAUUGCAUAAAUUUUGACUGGCAAAAGUGCAUAGGAUCUCCUGAUUUUCAUUUAAUACCUGUUAUUUGCAAGUAAUGAUAAUACAUAGGGAAUCAAUCUAUAAAGAAAGAUGGAAGAGUAGGCAAUCCAGGCAGAGGGUGUUAACUAUCCCAACUAGGUCACUUCAGAGCACUUUUUUCCCACUUCUUCAAACACGCCAUUUAGAGUUUGAUCUUGUUCUCCUUUCACAAAUGAGGAUGUGGACAUAAGGACUAAUUUUUGCAAGAUUAAAAAAGCUAAUUUGAGCCCAUGUUUAUCUAUCAACAGAAUUUUGAAUCCACAUGUCAUAAAAUUAAAGCUAAUUGCAAGUAUGCUUCUCUGCACAGAAAAUUUCAUAUGUACGCUCAUUCAGCUUGCAUUUUACAGAGAAGGAGAAUAAUUUUCUAAACGAACUAGCCUUUCUUGGGUUUGUACACAUGUCUUUGGUGCAAAGACACAUGUGGCUAAGCCUACCUUUGUGGUUUUUUGUUUUAAUAUUCAAUUAUACUUAUCUUGAAAGCUUACUUCUGACAUGUAAACUGUAAAUUUACAUGCUUAUGUUUAUGCAAUAUAUGUGAACAAAUAUUCUUGCUUUUGAUUUAAUUACCCAGAAACACAAACUUUUUCAUUUUUAACACAUUAACAAUGAAUGAGAAGCUUUUAAAUUUGUCAAAUUUAACUUUUUUUUUAACUGAGAAUAUUUUAUGUCAGUAUAUAUUCGUGAUGAAUUAAAAAAAAAAUGCUUUCUGUUCUGUAACAGAAAUUAUGACCUUCAUAUUUCAGGGAAUUCUAACAUAGUAGCCCAUUGUCCAUACCCUAACACUGAGUCUUCCUCAGAUGUGACAGCAAGGAAUCAAUGUAAAACAAAUGACAUUUUUAUCUCUUCUCAGAGGAAUAAGAAAAAGUGUAAUUGUUGGGCAGCAAGCUUCUGAAUGAGUUCUGCAGUAGUAAAGAAAAAAAUGUAUAGUUUUUAAAUUAAACAAAGAAAGGAUCCAUAACUGAUGGUGUCUUAGAAGGCUGGUACUGUUCUUUCACUGACUAGUGGCAGCCUGGGAAGUCAUCUGUGAGCUUCUGUGACUUUUGUAUUUAGCAAUAUUGCAUGCUUACAUAAUUGAUAUUAAAAGCAGCACUUGUUUUCUGAAA